ACUGCACUGUGCAGGUCAUGUAGUGGCAGCGAGGAGACUGAUGGGAACAGUUUCAGCUUGAUUGAGUAGCAGGAAGAGAAUCAUUCAGUGCUGUUGCAGGAAACUCAGUCUCCACUUUGUUGCUAUCUACAUCCAGUCUGAUAAGAAACUGCUUCUGCUUCUGCAGCUUCACCUCACCCCAAAGAACCUGGCUAGCUCCACCUUACAGGUGUUGAAUGAAGCUGUGCUGAAUGUGUGUGCAACCCUUUCUACAGGAGACAUUAGAGAAGCAUCAGGAGAGUCUAAAGAAGCAAAGGCAAGCAGUGAAACACAGACUGAAGAAACUGGCAGCACGGCAGUCAGAAAUCUCUCAAAAGUCCUCAGUAAUAAGGGAGAGCAUCAUAAGGAAAUAUCAGGAGAUCCACACCGUCCUGGACGAGGACCUGAGGAUUACCCUGUCCCACCUGGAGAUGGAGGAGCGGGCUGCGGUCUCUGCUCUGGAUGGACUGAUGGAGAGGAACUGCUCUCUAAUCCAGGAGAUAGAGCAGGACCUGGCCAGACUCACUGUGGCACUGGACCAGACCGACACAGAGCCUGAUACAAUGUCUUUCUUUUCCUUCCCUGAGCAGCAGGACAUGGAGACAGCGGACAGAGUGAUGGAUCUGCUAAACAGGACGGACCCGAGCAGUGUGAACCUGGAUGAGGCUAAAGCUGAACAGAUCCUCAGCCUCACCAACAACAUGCUCCUGCUUAUCUGCUCUCAGACCCCUAUAAUCAAGAAGCUCAUCAAGAGCUAUUCCAGUGAGGCGUGUCUGGAUCCAGAGACGGCCCACCCAAAGCUCAUCAUCUCCCACCAAGGUGACAGUGCCACCUACACAAACACCUGGCAGCAACUUCAGGACCUCCCUGGACGCUUUGACACAACCCUCAAUGUCAUCAGCUUGCAAGGCUUCAGCUUCGGGCGCCAUUACUGGGAGAUUGAUGUGACUGGGAAGACUUACUGGGAGCUGGGUGUCACCUACCCCACCAUUCCUCGCAAGGGCACCACUGAGGACUGCUGGUUGGGCCGGGGGAACGAGUCUUGGUGUGUGGAGUUCUUUGAUGGGGAGUAUACGGCCUGGCAUGGAGGGGUGCCCCGUCAGCUGCCUUUCACUAAACGCUUCUGUCGGAUUGGUGUUCUGUGCAGUUUCCCUGCAGGAUUGGUGACGUUUCUUGAGGCAGACAACAUGACACCACUGUUCUCGUUCUGUGCAGGAACCUUCUCAGACUGCCUCCACCUGGCCCUGUGUCCUGGUCAUGACCACAAUGGCACCAAUGCAAAACCUAUUGUAAUCUGUAAUGCUCCAUCCCCUACCAGUGAUCUCUGAUCAGUAGCUCCACAGAAAAGCUUUUAGUAAUUACUUAUUGCGACACAACUUUCUAAUAAGGCACCAGCUGUAAAGGUGUAUACUGUAAAUUGUAACUACUGGCUUAAUUAAUAGAUUACAGCCAUGCUAAGGGCUCUGUGAGGCUGUGCACACAGUCAGCAUGCUAACAUGCUCAGAGUGACAAUGCUGACAUGCUGAUGUUUGGCAGGUAGAAUGCUUAACAUGCUCACAGUAAUAGUUUAGAGGGCUAGCAUGUUAACAUUUGCUAAUUAGCAAUAAUCACAAAGUGCCACUGAGGCUGAUGGGAUAAGGGAAAACUUUGACCUAAUGGUGAUGGAAGAGGAGAAGUCAGUAGGAUUCAUCUUCUGGGGACCAUCAAUGUUUGUACAUAAUAUUAAAUCCAUCUGAUAGGUGCUUAAUAAAGCCACUAGUUAGAAUCUAAAAUCCCUUUCGAAGGGUGCAGUAUUAGAAAGUGGUGCUCUUGCUAGUUGCUCCUUUUUCAAGUAACUGAAUGUAUUUCAAAUGGCACAAUGUGAUAACAAACUCAUGUUAAAGGAGAAUACUACACAUUUAUCUCAUUGCCUAAAUAUGUGUGUUAAACUUAGAUAAAGAUAAAUGUACAGAAAUAUUAGAAGCAGCAUCUCUAAGUUCAUUUAACUAAGAAAAAGGACCAUGAAGUGUUUUAUGCAUAUUGAGUUUAGUUUACAUAUUCUUAUUCUAUCUAAAAAUACUUCAGUUUUACUUUAAAGUGAUAAAACUUACCAAUACUGAUAUAUAAGAGAUCUUAUAGUGUAUUUCAUUGAAAAUAUAAUCAUGCUAUAAGUAUUACACUUUACUGAUUUUGUGAAUAUAUAUAGAGAUUUUAAAAAAGCACACUGUAAUUUAUCCUGAGAUGCACCUAGUGUAUGUGGAUCCAAAGUCUGCAUUCAAACAAACAGUCAACUCUUUGUAAACAUGCUCUCUGAGCUCCUGCGUUGGAUCUGAGUGCAUGCUGAGCCUCUCUGAUCAAAAUUCCUCCGAAUGAAUUUCAACAUGAAAAAUAGUGGCAGAGUCAGUGAUCUUUAUUUUGCACCAUGCAUUU